GUUUGCUUUCCUCAUGGCCGGAACAGUUCGCAUUUCUCCUGACGAUCUAGUCGAUGUUUUAGCAAAAUUAGCGAAGGAUGGUAAUCUCCAAGUAUCCGUGAAACAAAGCGUGAAAGGGGGAGUAAUCGCUGGCACUGGCGCAACGGUUGGCGGAUUACUUGGAGGUCCCGUUGGUAUUGCUGUUGGCGCCACAAUUGGUACGUAUAUCAAGGGUUGCAAUUCUUAUCUAAUAAUAUCUUCUUAUAUUAGUUAUAUAAUAUAUCAAUAUUCUCAUCUAUUCCACUAGCUUGUAAAGUAUAUGGUAUGAACCGUGUCACAAUUUUCCCUCUCACCACAAACGAUUGUUCAAAUGUUAAGCUGUUACUGUUGUCAUAAACUAAGUUAAUUCCACUUUGAAAUUUCUUUUCGGAUGUUUGUCAGUCAAAGCCGUGAUAAAUUUCACUAUCGGAGGCAUUUAAAACUAGGUUUUCUGUUCUCUACAAAUGCAUGACUUCGUAAACCAAUGUUUCUCAGAUUUGCUGUUUCUAGGAAAUUUGCAUAUGGGUGAGCCACAAGGCACACUAAGGGGCCGAUGUAGCCUCAUCUGCAAGGAGUGGCCGUUGCAGGUUUUACAUGGGGUAGUGCUCGAUAGGAGGGGCCUGUACCGGGUUCCGAAAUCCCGACCGAUUUUCACUUCAAAUCCCGUUAUCCCGCCAUGGCUCAUCCCAAUUUCCCGCUCCCGACUUUUUUUCUAACACUGUUCAACGUAUUAUGAUUUAAAGAACAUGGUAACGACAUAAGAUACAAUUUGAAUACACUAGAAUACAAUACAACAAAGUUUAAAAUAAUCAAUUACUCUAAAUCGCGACUCUCAUGAAAGCAGCAAUCAUAUACAUGUAAAUGGGGGAUUGAUGGGGGUCAAAUGUUCGAUAUCAUCCUUGAAAACAGUAAUUUCGAGCACACAAACAAAUGACAACAGAUCAGCUAACGUACAGCUACAAGUUUUGUUGAUUUAUCCCGCUAAUCGUGGGUUACUUCCCGCAUAUCGCCAUGGUAUUUUUAUUAAUCCCACUUCCCGCGAUUGAAUAAAAUCCCACUUCCCGCCAAUAUUUCUCUUAAAAUCCCGAAUCCCACUUGAAUUUUAGACGCAUCCUGCAAAACCGGUACAGGCCCCUCCGAUAGGGGCACGCACAUUAUGCUUAAAAAAUUGCCUAUUAUAUGCUUAUGCUUAGUGCUCCUGACUUUGCCUAUUAUGCUCAAAUUUUUUCCCUAUUAUCCUGUUAAUUAUGCUACCUCAUAUUCAAUUUUCAAUUUAACGUAAAUUCAGGUACGGUAAUUUAAUUAACGCUUGUUAUAUUGUAGCAUAACGGAGGUCCAAGCAACAGGCGGUUGGCGCAUAUGCUUAUUAUGUAAUUAGUACUAAUUACGUUGGCAAAAUGACGUAAUACCAAAACUUUUGCCUAUUAUGCUCACUUUCUGAAAAUUUUGCCUAUUAUGCUCAGUCUCAAAAAAGCGCCCUAUUAUGCUAAAAGAAGUGCCAGCAUAAUGUGCAUGCCCCUAGUGCUCAAGGGAACCUGCCCACUCUCCUCUGCAGUCUGCAACGUUACUAUCCCAACGUUACCAGUAUUUGAGAUGGCAGAAUCUGUGUGUUCGCCGUUACGUUUGACAUUAUCUUUUGUUUGUGAAGUUUAUAUCGGUUUUUAUCACAUACUGUAUGUGUGACUGGACAUUUAUGAUAUUUAUAGCACAGUACAGUAAAUUUGCUUGUUAAUUAAAGUACAGUAUAUUUGAAAAUAUAGCUGUGUAAAAACCUCGACAUGUUUACAUAAUUAUGUAACCAUGUUUAACUAAAGCAGCAAAUCAAUGAAAUCUUUUCAAGAAAUUGACACACGCUAACAGUGGAAGUUCCACUAACUGCUAUUCGAAAAGCAGAAAAUGUAUGGUCAAGCAGAUUUUUUAGGGUGGUGCUGGACUUUUCUUGGGGGUGCUAUAGGACACCACUAGGUGGGGUGCCCACCCUCACGGUAGAUCACCUCCCAUCACACAUGCACAUUCACCAGCCCUCGAAAACUGUCAAAAUCUAAAUCUAACCUAGGUUGGCACGUCUCGGCAUUUUUUUAAAUCUGUUUCCAUGUCUAAAGCACCAGUCAUCACGUAUUUGCGAAUCAUUGAAAUCGGAAUAUAAAUUAAAGCAUGCUUUUUUCGCAAGCUACAGUAACACGACGGCUUUUCUUUUGGAGUCGCUGACUCUUUAACAGCUAUCAGCACCGACAAAUUUUUACUUUGACUGAAUUAAGGUUGGCAAAAAUUUGCCAACCUGGGAGGUUGAUAUUUAGGUCGACAUGGCCGAAUGCUGACCUCAUUUUGGAGGGCUGCAUUCACACAAUAUUUUUUACUGCCAAGGUGGACUGAUUGGUGCAUAUACAACCAGUGGUACAUUCAAAUCGGUGUGUUCAAUAUUACAAGAGUUAACUCCAAUCGAGAAGGAGAAAUUGCAUCGAUCAAUCACGAUGGCACUUGGAGAUGUCGGCAUGCUGGAUGUUGCUGCUGUGGGAGUACUUAUAGCAACAGAUCAAGUAUACAAACAGCAAAUGAUUGGGGCGAUGAUGGAGUACUUUAGGGAUGAAUUACAAAUGGAAGUUGUUGAGUGACACAGAAGUAAAGUGGCAAUCUUGUGGGAUGCUUCAAUGUUUUUGAGUGAUCUGAUUUCAAAUAACACCAAAUAUUAAAUUUAUUUAUUAGAAUAACUGUAAAGCCGCAAGAAUAUACAGCACCAU